AUGGGACCAAAUCAAUAUCCGCUUUUCGACAAUGUUCGAGGGCAUCCCAACGCUGAGACCAUUAGUCUACCGGAAGGAGACGAGGGAGAAGACUUCCAGUUUGUGUCAUCAGCUACAGCAACAAAUCUACAAGAGGAUACACAAAUAGUGAUGAUGCAAAGCUCGGCAUACCGAAAUUCGGUUGGGGCACAGGCAAGGAGGCGAGGCUUACCAGCUACAGAUGAAUGCUCAGAGCCGAGUUCAGAUCGGACUUCGUGUGAGAGCUCAAUGGAUCGACAACCAAUGCAGACGACCAAACCUAAUGACACACCACUCUUGGGAAUCGACUACAAGGAUUCGCCUCUGCCUCUAAAAGACUCUGUUGGCAUCUAUGGCUGCGCAGGCAUUGCUGGUGGCUCCAUCUUCAUCCUCGCCGCUGUUGCUUUCCUCACGUUUCUUUGGUUCGGGCAUGGAACAGAGCCCGAAGCUGCCGGUGCUGCUUGGCUCUGGCGCAAGAUCGCCUUGGAGGACUGGAUGACGCGCACCGUCACCAUCUGCGCUCUAGCUCUUCGGGUCGCCGUCUCCAUGCAAUCAGGCAUCUGCACGUCCAUGACGGCGGCGCUGGUCUUGGAGAAUGGCCGUGCCAUAACCAGGAAGUCCCAAGUUGCGCACACAUCAGUUCUUAGGGCUAUUAACAAUGGUCCACGAAAACUGAUUCAAAUACUUAUUGGCUCGCACACUUUAUCUGUACUGGCUUGCCUCGAGUUUUGGUUGAUCUGCUUACUAGGCGGUUUGACACUUGUUUUGCAAUUUUCUUCGACAGUGCUGCUGUCGGACGUGAGAGAUUUCGCCAUUGUGGGCGACGAUAAGGUUGCAAACAUUUCAAUUCUUCAAUACAACCCAAGCGGCGAUUCUAUUUGGGUUAUCCCGCGUCGAAACGCCGCGUUACUGAACAUCGAGCCUAGAUACGGAGUCUUCGGAGAAGAGAGGUCUGAGAGGAACAGCACCCCGGAACUGAGUGGAUUCAGCAACACAGAUGUAGUGCAGCGUGGCUAUAUCCCAAUUCCAGACAUGAAUGCCCGCAACCUAGUCCGCCAUUACCGCGGAAAUGCUCUGGUCUCGAGCUCCCGCAUUGGCUGCGUCCCUGCGGACAUCGACGCAACCUUUGAGAACGUGACCGCGGAUAUGGUCCCACCGAUGGGUAGCCUCAAGGGAACUUUGAAUUAUGGAAAGGUCUUGAACAGAACCUUCCCUGGAACAGAUGCAGCAUCAUUUUGCUCUGCUGCUGGAUGCGAAUCGACUGCGUUCGACUGUAGUAUUGGAGCUGCAGAUGAGAGUCAAGCAAGUGCCCUGUGCUUUGUUGGAGACACCACCACCUGGCCACAUGGUACAAAUCUACCUUGGAAUAAGAACUCUUGGCUCUAUCUGCUUUUCGCCACGAACAUGACAGAACAGGACUUGUACGACUUGUCCUUGACGUAUAAUGUCACUGUCAACCAAACACGAAAUGAGUGGGGGACCACUCGGUCCAAAAGCGGUCAUGCUCUGGAAGUGUCCAUGUGCCUUGCAAGCUUUGACGUCGACAUGCGCUUUGUCGACAUGUCAGCAAAGGGACCUCCCACGGAGCCAACGCUAUCCUGGAACCCACUUCAACACGAGCACGACAGCUCCUUGGUUCUCCAGAUGUUUGAUACAGACAGCCCAAAAAGCCCAAUGGAACGUGGGCUGCUCGACAUGCAAAUACUCGACGGCGCAGAUGAUUGGUUUCACGCCAAUCAUUCUCAGGAAUCCAAGCCCUCGAAACUGCUAUCCACGAUAGUCAACAUGCAGCUUUCUGACGAAAGUGUCAAGAACACAACCUACGUGACUUGCAUAUAUUGCCAAAUCUAUGGUGACGCUGCAAUGCAUCCGGAGCUCCUACAUAUUGUCGAGGAUACAUUACAGCUUACAGGACGGCCAGCCAAAGCCCUCAGCAAUCUCUAUGGUGCCAUGGGAACUACUCUGUACGACGUUUUACUCAAUACUCUCAAUGUCACCGAGGAGGCUCAUGUGGCAUCUGCGAUUACGGUUCGUGUACCCGGUUACUGCAACACCAGAACUUGUUCUGGUUUCACAUCUGUCGUGACAAUGCUGGGCGUUCAUCUAGCGACGGUCUGGUUGAUUGCGACACUGUAUGCAACACGAAUCCGCCACUCCCGCAUUUCAAACAUCUGGCACACAGUCUCACAGCUCUUUGGUGACGAGUUGAACGACGCGUUGCUACUGGGAAAUAACACAACGGACGAGACCGUCAAUGAAAGAUUCUUCCGCAAAGAGCAAGACGCAUUGGUGAGAAUAGGCCUCGCUGCACAUGGUUCUGCUAUAGAAGUUGUGUCUAGUCAGGCCGCGAGUCGAAAGCUUCCGAGGCAUGGGAAACAAUGA